UGUUCGUGCAAACUGCAAAACAAUCGAGUUCGAGUCCCAUUCUGAAAAUGUCUCAAAGAAUCGGAACAAAGCUAUUUGUCAACAGGUUAUCAUUUCACACUACAAAACAAAGGUUCGAAUCCUUGUUCUCACCAUUCGGAGAAAUUACAGAAGCUACACUUAUAAUUGACCCAAAUACUCAAAGGCCUAAAGGUUUUGGUUUUGUUUCUUACAAAUCUGAAAUUCAAGCUGAAAAAGCUAUCAAAGCAUUGAAUGGAAGGAUAGUUGAUGGAAGGAUUAUUUUUGUUGAACCUGCAAAACCGAAGGACUCGUGAUAUGUGAUUUUUAUCCAUGCUCAAAUCUUGUGUAUUUCUGAUCAUUUAUUGAGAUGUCAAGUUACACUUGAUCAAAGCACAUCAGCUGUAUGUUAUUGCUUAAAGCUCCAUUGUUUUAUUCUUCAGCUUAUCUAAUUGUGGACAUCAUGUUUUACAAAUACAUGAGUAUCCAUUUUGGAAAUUACGAUGCAAGAGAUUUGCAAUAAUUCAUUGUAGAUAGUUUAAAAGUUGAAA